CUCUAGCCCCAUCCUGCGGUGUGAACCCAAGGGGUUGCGACACCUGAAGGGAGUGAGGAGUGGGCGGUCAAGGCACCAGGGCAAGAGCCCUCUGGGGCCUCGGGCAGCAGAGUGAAACCGGAACCAUCAGGGAACAUGAGUGAAUUUUGGCACAAACUGGGCUGCUGUGUGGUAGAGAAACCCCAGCCGAAGAAGAAGAGACGGAUCGAUCGGACCAUGAUUGGGGAACCAGUGAAUUUUGUCCACCUGACUCACAUUGGCUCUGGGGAGAUGGGGGCCGGAGAUGGACUUGCCAUGACAAGUGCUGUUCAGGAGCAGAUGAGAUCCAAGGGAAACCGAGACAGGCCAUGGAGCAAUUCUAGGGGCUUGUAGCUCCAACAGGAAUGUUUUGCUGUCUGAAGUCUCCACGCUGUUCCCAGCCCAGAAGAGAUGCUGCCUCCACCAGAUCCUCCGAGAACCAGUGUCCUCAAGGCCCCUUUUUUUCUUUAUCUGCCUGAUAGUGCCUCAAAAGGCUUGGGGGCUGGACUCCCCCCUCCCUCCUCUGGCCGUAGCCCCUCCUGGAGAUGGGGUCAAGGCAGCAGGACUGACCAAGUAACUACUGGUUGGCCAGAGGAGCUCAGCUGAAGCCCUGGACACUCUCAGAUCUGAAAUGGGAGUUUCUGGAAACCUGGAAUGAGUUCCCUCCUCCUGAAUGACAGUCUGGGUGCCACCUGUUUUUAAUCUAUUAGCCUGAACUCCUUAAAUGGCAGGUGGGUGAGGUUACCAAGCUGGAGCUGGCUUUGCUGAGAGCUCCCUACCUCUCUGCCCUUCUCCUUCCUUCUGGAAUGAACUGAAGCAAACCUCAAGCAGGGGCUGGGAGGGUGACCACUGCCUAGUCAACUCUCUUUAAAUCUCAGACCUUAAGCUCACAGCCCUUCAAUAUCUCUGCCAAUACCAGCGUCUUUCUCUAGUUAGGCCUCUAACCCUGUUUCUGUAGCAUUGCUAGCUCCCCAGUAUCUUUCCUUUUUAAAAAUUAAUUAAAAAGUAAAUU